AUGCGAGAUAUUGAUGGUUACGUUGCUCAGACUCCUAACACCCCCAAGACCCAAGACACGAUCCGUCAGCAUUCUUCUCCCGGUUUACUUAAAAGCUUGCUUUUCAAGAAGGUCCCGGUCAAUAAAGCUACACCUUUAAGUCUCAUAGUUCACGAUGCAAAACGUUUCCUCUCAAGUCAUAGCCCAGCUCUCGAAAAAGCGCCCCUGCAAGUUUAUCACUCUGCAAUGCUUUUCACUCCGAGUGCAAGCAUCAUCAGAAAAUUUUACGCUCAUCACAAUUCAACAUGGCUUUCGACACAACCAGCUUUGGUACAUAAUUGGAGUGAAUAUUUACAGACAUUCACUCCCUCGGAGUGGGUUGAUGCGCUUGAAUUCUCGUCUGAUGGUAAAAUGCUAGCCUCUUUGACAUCUCAAGGGAUCUGGCUCUGGGAUGCAAAAGCGAGAACGGAGAGACACUUCUCGCUCACUCGUCUUACCGGCGCGGAGUUAGGGAGACUGCAAUUUUCACCUGACGGUAAACUAUUAGCUCUUCGUCUUCCGUAUGACUCCACAGUGCAGAUCUGGAAUAUCCCAGCUGGUAGGAUACAAUAUGUGAUUGAAGAGUCAGGUCAUCCUUUACAUAAUCCUAAGUACCCGAGAAAGAUGCCAAUAAUCUCGCCCAAUGGUACUAUUAUGGCCACCACAACUGUCAAUCACACAAUCCGUCUUUGGAAUUCAACCACAUCACUAGAUAUAUCUGUCCUCGCUGGUCAUAUGGACUGGAUUACGGUGUUAGCAUUCUCGCCAGAUAGCAAAUCACUAGCAUCCGGGUCUAAAGAUAAGACAGUACGUAUCUGGGAUGUAUCAACCGGGCUCACUCGGUUCGUUCUUCAGUGCCAUCUGGAUGCUGUCUGCGCCUUGUCAUUCUCACCGGAUGGCAGGCUCUUAGCAUCUGGGUCGGCGGAUAGAACCAUCUGUCUCUGGAACUUAUUAAGUGGACUGAGUGAGUUUCUUCUUCAAGGUCACUCUGCUGCACUCCGCAUGGUCGCAUUCUCCCCUGGUGGCAAUUUUCUGGUCUCCAACGUCAUUGAAGGCACAGUACAGCGUGUUCUUCCUCCUUUAACUUCAGUAUACGCUGUCUCAUUAUCAUCGGAUGUCCUUUUGCUGGCUACUGCAGAUAGGGCCGGAAUCACCGUACGAGACAUAGCUACUGAGCAAGUGCUAUUCAACUUUCGGUCCCCUUAUUCGGUGCUAAAAGGACUUAAAUUUUCACCUGACGGUCAGCUAUUAGCCUCUGCGUCUGUUGGUGGUACUGUUCAUCUAUGGGAUAUUGGACUGAAAAGGAAUUCGAAUGCCCAAAUUGAAGGGGCACAGCCAUCGCACAUGCCAGAAGUCGUGGACUUCUCCUCGGACAAGAAUAUCUUGGUGUCUCAUCCCCAUCUGAUAAGGUCCAGAAAUGAAGAAAGUAUUCGAAUAUGGGACUUGAGAUCAAACACACAGCGCAUCAUACCAUGGAAAGGAGACACAUGUGCCUUGUUUGAACCACUAGCUGUUUCCCCUGAUGGAAGGCUAGUAGCUUUCUGCCCCAUAGUCAAAGGGAUUCGCCUUUGGGAUUUACAAACAGGCAAGAGAUUGCCCGAAGUGCGUGGCAAACCCAUAAAUACGUCGACCUUGAAAUUUUCCCCUGAUAGCAAAUUCCUAGCCUCCGCGGAUGCAAAUUCGGUUUGGAUCAGCGAUUUGGCAACCAACACAACGCGGAUGGUUGUUGUCGCCGAUGAUUAUGAUCCCGCGAACAUUCUACCAAGAAAAUUGCCACUCCGCGCUCCGCUGAAGACUGUGGUGAUGGCUUUCUCGCCUGACUGUCAAAUGAUAGCCUGCGAGUCAAAACAUGGUAUCAAGCUCUGCAAUCUGGCAACUGGGGCAGAGAAACGCGUCCUAGAUGGCCGAUUACACUUCAUUGAAACGAUAGAAUUCUCGCCGGAUGGCAAGAUUUUAGCCUUCGGGUGUAAUCGAAAAGAAUUACAUCUAUGUGAUACGAGGACAGGUGAGGCGCGCCGCCUCAGAGACUUGAACUUACAUGUGUUGAAAGAGGUGGUAUUCUCGCGAGACGGAAAUUUAAUCGCCUGCGUCACGGACAAGGGGUCAUCUGGUCAUUCAGUUUGGAUAUUAGAUGUUACAACUCUAAGAGAGGUUGGCAAAGUGGAGACUGAUGUGAAGUUGAAGUACGUUUCGUUUUCAUCCUGCGGCACAUAUCUCAUGACAGAUAGAGGGGGUCUUCUUAUUCCUGGCCUGUCUUGUACCCAUGCUCCGCUUUAUGCGUCAGAGUAUUGGAUCCAAAGAGGAAAUGAAAACAUCUUGUUCAUUCAUUCAGAAUGGCGCCAUUCUAUUUACUUCGUUUCGGGAAACGAUGUGGCCUUCAUGAAUGAUACCAGGGAAGUGAUACUCAUACGAUUUGACCCACCGGAAACAGACCAAGGAGAAGGAAUUAUAUGA